AUGUUCACAAACAAACCCGCUGCAAGAACGCAGGAGAAGGAGACACAGGCGGAGGAGAUACAAACUAUGCCUCUCGACGACGAGUUCCUCCACCUCGACUUCCUCAAACUUGCGCAUACAAUCGCUACGAAUGGCGAUAGGCCUCGCGAUGCGCACACAGCGGACCUGGUCACCUCUCUCCUAGCCGUCUCACGCCUCUCAGCUCGCAUCGCCUGUGAACUCACUUGGGACCAAAUCAGCGCGGACAACAAGGGGAUUCUCAUUGCGCGCCGCGACAUGGCCCGCAUCAUCCGGGACUACGACCUUCAGAUGGAGCGCACCAUCGCAGGCGGCGAAGCUCAGCACCUCCAUGUGCACGGUCCUAUGCCAGCUCCGGCUCCGCUGAACAUGUCCCAGCUAAUCGACAACGGGAGCUCCUCUGUGGAAACUGUAGCUCACUGGACUGCAGAGCCUAUGACUAAGCUACUGAAGGACACCCUCUUUGAACGUCUCAAGGUCCCGCUCUUCACACUGCUCAAGGAGUCCCUGCACGAACCGCUGCUCAAAUCACUCGCCGGCGACUUGUACUCUGAUCUGCUGGCCCAACUGCGAGCUCCACUUCAGCAAGAUCUGGCUGAGCCUCUGAUAGCCGGUGUCGCUCCCGGUGUGGUCGCAAAGGCGAAGGCCCAGCUGGACGAACUCAUGAGGGACUACAAGACGGAGGUAGCCCACGAGGCCGAUGCGCUCGAAAAGCGCGAACUCAUCCUGAAGACGCGCGAGAUCGCGUUCGCGCGCGAGUGCGCUGCAGCGCGUGAUCACACUGUCGACACCGACUUCGACUGCGACGACGCCCGUGUCCGCGACCGUGCCCUCGAGCGCGAUGUGGGUAACACGUUCUACAGCGAGCUCGCCCUCGACAUAGUCCGCGACCGUGAUGCGAACCGCGCGCUGAACCGGAACCGCCUCCCCGGCAACACGGAGCAGGUACGGGGUGUGGGCUACGCGCGCAACAUGGGCUAUGGACGCGAGGUGGACGUCGGCGUAAACGACCAGAAGAUUGCCCGCGACCAUGAUGCACGCGAGCGCACCAAGGAACGUACGAAGCGCACACGCACGAACUAA